GUGACUAGUCUUAUGGUUUCUCCCUUACAUAUCAUACAGAAAGCUAAAAAGAGUUUCGUACAGAUCAGAGAAAAACACCAUAAAUGAGGAUUUUUGAGAAGUGUAUUGAACAGAAUAGAUUUUGAUUUGGACUGUAACUAUUUAGUUAUCAAAGUAAAUAUAAGUAAAGAAUUCUGAAAGUGAAAGUAAAUUGUAGAUUGUUGUAGCUUUUACAAGAAGAGGAAAUGGAUUCAAAAUCUGUGGAAGAGCUUUCUUGUCCCGUGUGCUGUGAAAUCUUCAAGGAUCCUGUUAUUCUGUCCUGUAGUCACAGUAUUUGUAAAGAUUGUCUUCAACAGUUCUGGAAGACCAGGGAUACUCAGGAGUGUCCUGUCUGCAGGAGAAGAUCCCCAAAACAAGAUCCUCUGUGUAAUUUAGCAUUAAAAAACUUAUGUGAUUCACUGAUAAAGGAGCGAAAUGAGAGACGUUCAUCAGGAUCUGAGGAGAUCUGCAGUUUACACAGUGAGAAACUCAAACUCUUCUGUCUGGAGGACAAACAGUCUGUGUGUUUAGUGUGCAGAGACUCAGAGAAACACGUCAAUCAUACAUUCAGACCCAUCAGUGAAGUGGCUUCAUCUCAUAAGGGGGAACUGAAUACAGAACUGACAUCCCUACAAAACAAGCUCAAACAUGCAGAAGAAAUGAAAGCAGAGUGUGAUGAAACAGUUCAACACAUCAAGUCUCAAGCUGAGCACACAGAGCGUCAGAUUAAAGAGGAGUUUGAGAAGCUCCAUCAGUUUCUUAGAGAUGAAGAAGAAGCUACAAUCACUGCACUGAGAGAAGAAGAGGAGCAGAAGAACCGGAUGAUGAAGGAGAAGCUGGAGGAGAUGAACAGACACAUCUCAGCUCUUUCACACACAAUCAAAGACACUGAGGAGAUGAUGAAAGCCAAUGACGUCUGCUUUCUGAAGAACGUUAACUUCACGAUGGGAAGAGUCCAGAUCUCACAGCCGGAUCCACAGAUGAGUUCUGGAGCUUUGAUUCAUGUGUCACAUUACUUGAGUAACCUGCCGUUCAGAGUCUGGAAGAAGAUGCAGGAAACUGUCCAACACACUUCACUGACUCUAGAUCCAAACACAGCAGGUUGUUGGCUCACACUCUCUACUGAUCUGACCAGUGUGUCGUACGGUGAUUUACGUCAAGAUGUUCCUGAUAAUCCAGAGAGGUUUGACUUUUUUCCAUGUGUUCUGGGUUCUGAGGGCUUUAACUCAGGAACACACUGCUGGGAUGUGGAGGUUGGAGACAAUCCAUACUGGAGUCUUGGAAUAACCACAGCAUCAAACCAAAGGAAGGGAGAUGUUUUCUUUAACACUAAUGUUUGGUAUUUUCGGUACAUAAACAGUGAAUACUUCUCACAAUCCGAAGAGCAAACCUCGACUUACGUUACAGUUAAAGGGAAGCUGCAGCGUGUGAGAGUUCAUCUGGACUAUGACAGAGGAAAGUUGUCGUUCUCUGAUCCUCUAAGUAACAUCUGUCUGUGUACAUUCACAACAACCUUCACAGAAACUGUCUUUCCAUUCUUAUAUAAUCGCUGCACAACUUUCCCUCUGAGGAUCUUACCUGUUAAACUGUUUGUAACAGCAGAAACCCACAGUUAAAUCUCAUUCUGAUUCUAAAUCUAAAUUUAUGCUUUAAAAACAUUCAUUCAGCAGUCACAUUUAAAUUAAUUCUACAUUAUACAUUUAGAAUCGAAUCAAAAAUCACACUUUCAUUAAGUCGUUUUUAAAAAUACUACUAUUAUUAUAAAUUCAAUAAGUCAAAAUAAAGUGUUCUAGUCAUCUUAUUAGAAUCGUAUUGUCAAUUACAUCCUCAUUGGGGAGUGUAUCUAUGCUGUCAGGGUUCUAAGACACUGUUAUUCCUGAAUUAUUCAAAAUUCUUGAAUAAUGACAUUUCUUAUGGAUGUUCUGUAAAUUGAUCAUUAAGAAAAAGGGAAAAAGCACCACUGGAUGCAAAAUGCUAAACUUAAUAUGAAACAAAUGUAAAUACCAAAUGUUAAAUACCAUGUAGGCUAUAAGAAAAACCGUGAUGAUUAUAUAACAGGACCCGUCUUCAGCACCACUGCAGCAUAUGCUGGGUUUAAGUCAAGUCACCUUUAUUUAUGUAGUGCUUUUAACAAUACAGAUUGUGUCAAAUUUAAUUUAAUUCAGAUAAAAAUGAAAUAUUGUUAUUUAUGUGAUCAAAUGUGUAGUUAAAGUUACAAUGAAACAGAAGUAGCAACAGAUAUUUUCUUCUGUAUUGUUCCAUAUUAAAUGAUCAAAGGUCUUGGUUUUAUUCAUCUUCAAUUUUUUUGUGUCUGGCUUCCAGUCUCAUCCACUUCUAGCUAUUUUUAGCUGCACAAAAGCUCAUUUUGCUGCUUGAUAUUGCAAACUGGUGUGUCUUACCAUAUUAUUUUAAUGCAUUAUCUUAAUUAUGAACACACUGGUUUGUAGUGCAAACUGUUUUACUGUUUACUACACUUUGAUAUUCUUCUCGUUAUUUCUUUAUGGCGGAUUAUGAACCGGACGUCUAACACAUUACCAGAAAACAGCUUACUUCCGCGUUGAAAAAUAAGGUGGAUACAUUCAAAUAUAAAUGUGAUCUUGCAACUGAUUGUGGACGGAUGGGAUUUAAGUGGACUAAAUGACUGGAGAAGGCCUGCAUACACAACCAGAGAGAUGUCCAACAUUUUGUCACAGCUUUCUGCUGAAGUGCCCAUAGCAGCCACCAGAGGUCACUCCUCCUGGAUCAUUGCCUUUUGCUUCAUUUCCCAUCACCCCUUGCUCACUCUAUCAGGUCUCAUUGUUUCAGCUGUGUGUCAUUAGCCUUGUUAGUUCCCCUAUUUAUACUCUGUUGACUUAUUAUUGGGUGCUGUACUGCACUGUGUAUGUGUGUGGGUUUUGCUGUCAUCUGUUUUUAUAGCACCUGUGCUGGUGCUUUUUGAACUCUUCAUUAAAAGCAGUAUUUAGA